AUGCACAAGACUCUGUCGUGUGGAAGUGUCGACUCUGAUGCCUCGUCCCAGGUCCUGCGAGCCAUCGCCCGCGCACGUGCACGUCUGGCUGAGAGAGCCGAGGAGUGCGAGGCUGCUGCUGCUGGUCUGGGCGCUGUCGCUGCCUCGCGGAGGAUGUAUGCAGAGAGUCUGGCCGUGAUGGCGUCGUCAGAGCGUGGUGCUGUGGCCAGCCAUCGUGCUGCUUCAUCGUCAUCGCAUGCCUCGGAUGCUGAUGGCGAUGCGCUGCCGGCCGGCGCCCGCCUUCAUCGGGUCCGACUCGCCGCCUCCCCUCAGCUCGCACCUGUCAACAGCUUCGGCGCUGAUGCUGAGGCUGGCGACGUUGCCGCCGAUGGUCCUGCUGCUGGUCGAUGCGGCGAUGCGGCUGGCGACAAGGAAAACGCUCCUCGGGCUGCCAACGUCACAAGGACGGCGGUGUCGGCUUCGAAGGCCAACUUGAUCAAGGCCCGGGCCAACGCACUCUCCGACAAGAUUGCGGCUGCUUCCCGUGUCGCCGAUGUGCAGCUGUUUGCGCUCGUGGCCGACGCAUCCUCGAGCAAGACGACGUCGUCGACGACGACGACGACGACGCGGAGGACGACCGAGGGGGCGGAAGCGACAAAGACGACGUCGACGUCAUCAGCAGGAGGCAGUGUGAGAGUCAAAGAUGAGUUUGUGAAGAACAAGAACUUGGACAUGACCAUGCUUGUUGCAAGCGGGAAUGAUGGCGGUGGCGGCGCUGGCUCCUCUGGGCACGAGGUCGCUGCCGUGGAGCACCACAAGAAUGCAGAGGCGGACAAGAUCACAGCAGCAGACAUGACAACGGCAGCCGACAUGAUGACGGCAGUUGACAAGACUAACGCUCCGGAAAUGGCAACCAUCGAUGCUUCUUCAUCGACUUUGGCCGAGAGGACAGAGUCGGAAGCGGCGGAUGCUACAGACCCAGCUGGCACCGGUGCUGGCCUGGAUGGCGAGCAGGGUGCGGGCCCUCCGCCGACGACACCAGAGGUUGUGGCCCGGUUGAGGGCGGCGCUGGCAAAGCUGGCGGAAGAGAUGCCGACAGGCGAGGACGACGACAACGGCAGCUCCACACGGAGCAACAUGCCUUGGGAUCGCCAGGCCUUCCGCCGCCGGGUGGCCUCGUUCACGCCGGCGCUCUGGAUCUCGUCGGCAACUCGCCUCUCACCGCUCCUCGCUGCUGCAUACGGCAUGGAAGCGAGUGCUCCGCUAGAGGCGAUCUGUGUGUCGUGCUCGGGCCGCAUUGUCGUGAGCCUCGAGCCCGGUGUCCGCCCGGACGCUCCGGACGUCCUCGCCGCCCAGAUUGCCCGUGUCUCCAGCGAGGCCCACUCCGCCGACUGCCGCUGGCCGCGCAAUCCAUGCCCGGAAGCGUGGGCUGCGCUGCCACGCACCACCACUGCCGCGCUGCGGAACCCGGCCUCAUCGGCCGCCAUCCGCCCGCUCCUCGACCUCGCCCGUGCUCUUGUCACCGAUGCCGGCUCGGCCCUCCCGCUCACCGACUUGCCGGGCGCCGCUCCGCCCGCGGCUAGAGCGCUCGUUACCGCGCUUAUCGCGCCACAACCUGGCUUUGCUCCCAUCUCGCGCUCCGCCGCCAUCCUUGCGCUCUGGGGCUGGUCGACCUCAUCCCGCCCGGCCACCACCGUCGAAUGCGGCCUCUGUAUGCGGGCGGUCCCGCUGUGGUGUUUUCCGCCCGCCACACCGCCCGCAGCUGCGGCUACCACCACGUCACACCACGAAUCACCCCCAUCCCCAGCCCCACCUGCCAAACGGGCCAAGACCGGCGCUGCUGGCACCAUCAGCACGCGUUUGGCCAACCCGUCCCCGCUUGAUCCAGCUUACCAACACCGCUGGUUCUGUCCACACCGCAAGCUAGCGGUUCUCGAUGACGACUAG